AUGGGUGGUGCCACGAUGAUGGUUGCCUCGCCGUUCCCGGCGGUGGAGAAGUGCUCGUCCAAGGACCGCGGCGGCGACACGGUCGUGGCCGACCUCGAUGGCACGCUGCUGUGCGGCCGGAGCUCGUUCCCGUACUUCGCGCACAUGGCGUUCGAGACCGGCGGCGUGCUCCGGCUGCUGCUGCUGAUCUUGCUGGCGCCGCUCGCCGGGGUGCUCUACUACUUGGUCUCUGAGUCGGCCGGGAUACAGGUGCUCAUCUUCGCGUCCAUGGCCGGCGCGAGGGUCGCCGACGUCGAGGCGGUGGCGCGCGCCGUGCUCCCCAAGUUCUACUGCUCCGACAUCCACCCGGAGUCGUGGCGCGUGUUCUCGGCGUGCGGGCGGCGGUGCGUGCUCACCGCGAACCCGAGGAUCAUGGUGGAGGCGUUCUUGAAGGAGUACGUCGGCGCCGACAUCGUCGUGGGGACAGAGCUCGUGAUAUGGCGUGGCCGCGCCACGGGGCUCGUUAGCUCCCCCGGCGUGCUCGUCGGCGAGAACAAGGCGGAUGCUCUCAGGAGAACGUUCGGGGACGCCUCGCCGGAGAUCGGCAUCGGCGACAGGCGGACGGACUACCCGUUCAUGAGGCUGUGCAAGGAGGGCUACGUGGUGCCGGCGACGCCGAAGCGGAGGCCCGUGCCGCGGGAGGAGCUGCCGAAGCCGGUGGUGUUCCACGACGGCCGACUCGUCCAGAAGCCGUCGCCGGCGCUCGCGCUGCUCACCGUGCUCUGGAUCCCCAUCGGCUUCGUGCUCGCCUGCCUCCGGAUCGCCGCCGGCGCGCUCCUCCCGAUGCGCAUGGUGUACCACGCCUUCCGCGCCCUCGGCGUGCGCGUCACCGUCAGGGGCACCCCUCCCCCGCCGGCCAGCCGCGAGACUGGCCAGUCCGGCGUGCUCUUCAUCUGCUCCCACCGCACCCUCCUCGACCCCAUCUUCCUCUCCACCGCCCUCGGCCGCCCCAUCACCGCCGUCACCUACUCGGUGUCGCGGCUGUCGGAGAUCUUGUCGCCGAUCCGGACGGUGCGUCUGACGCGUGACCGCGCGGCGGACGCGGCGAUGAUCCGGCGCCUGCUGGCGGAAGGCGACCUGGUGAUCUGCCCGGAGGGGACGACGUGCCGCGAGCCAUUCCUUCUCCGGUUCUCGGCGCUGUUCGCCGAGCUGACCGACGAGAUCGUGCCGGUGGCGAUGGAGAACCAGAUGAGCAUGUUCCACGGCACGACGGCGAGGGGGUGGAAGGCGCUCGACCCCUUCUACUUCUUCAUGAACCCUAGCCCCGGCUACGUGGUCACCUUCCUCAGCAAGCUCCCCGGCGAGCUCACCUGCAACGGCGGCAGCAGGAGCAGCCACGAGGUGGCCAACUACACCCAGAGGCUCAUCGCCUCCACGCUCUCCUACGAGUGCACCAGCCUCACCAGGAAGGACAAGUACAGGGCGCUCGCCGGCAACGAUGGCACCGUCGUGUCCAAGCCCAGCAUCGACAAGAAGGCGGCCAUGGCCACCAUGGGCUGCUAA